GGGGAUUAUGUGUGGAUGGACCUCAAAACCGGACGGGAAUUCGACGUCCCCAUUGGAGCGGUGGUUAAACUGUGUGACUCUGGACAGAUCCAGGUUGUGGAUGAUGAAGGCAAUGAGCACUGGAUUUCCCCACAGAAUGCUAGCCACAUCAAACCCAUGCACCCCACCUCCAUCCAUGGAGUGGAGGACAUGAUCCGCCUGGGAGACCUGAACGAGGCGGGAAUCCUCAGGAACCUGCUGAUCCGCUAUCGGGAGCACCUCAUCUAUACAAACUGCGGCGGGAGGACAUACACUGGUUCAAUACUGGUGGCAGUAAACCCCUACCAGCUCCUACCCAUCUACUCACCUGAGCAGAUACGCCUGUACACCAACAAAAAGAUUGGUGAGAUGCCACCACACAUCUUCGCAAUUGCUGACAACUGCUACUUCAACAUGCAGCGCAACAACAAGGACCAGUGUUGUAUUAUAAGUGGUGAAUCCGGAGCAGGGAAGACAGAAAGCACAAAACUGAUUCUGCAGUUCCUGGCGGCGAUCAGCGGUCAGCACUCCUGGAUUGAGCAACAGGUCCUGGAAGCAAAUCCCAUUUUGGAAGCUUUCGGGAAUGCAAAGACCAUCCGUAACGACAACUCCAGCCGAUUUGGGAAGUACAUAGACAUUCACUUCAACAAAAGGGGAGCCAUCGAGGGGGCAAAGAUUGAGCAGUACCUGCUGGAGAAGUCCCGGGUCUGCAGGCAGGCCCAGGACGAGAGGAAUUACCACGUGUUUUACUGCAUGCUGAGAGGAAUGACAAUGGAGCAGAAGAAGAAGCUGGGUCUUGGGAAAGCUACGGACUACAACUACCUUGCGAUGGGUAACUGCACAACCUGCGAUGGCAGAGAUGAUAGCAAGGAGUACGCCAAUAUCCGCUCCGCAAUGAAGGUCCUUAUGUUCACCGACACGGAGAACUGGGAGAUCUCCAAGCUGCUGGCUGCCAUCCUGCACAUGGGGAACCUGCAGUACGAAGCUCGGACCUAUGACAACCUGGAUGCCUGCGAGGUUGUUCAGUCAGCGUCGCUAAUCACUGCGGCAUCGUUGCUGGAGGUCAGUGGCUCUGUGGUUGACCCUCAGGACGUGAUGAACUGCCUUACCAGCCGGACUAUAAUCACCAGGGGUGAGACUGUCUCCACCCCUCUCAGCAUGGAACAAGCACUGGAUGUGAGGGACGCUUUUGUAAAGGGAAUUUAUGGGCGGCUUUUCGUGUGGAUCGUGGAGAAGAUCAAUGCUGCAAUUUACAGACCUCCUUCCCAGGAACUCAAAAGUGUCAGGAGAUCCAUCGGCCUCCUUGACAUCUUUGGCUUUGAGAACUUCACUGUGAACAGUUUUGAGCAGCUUUGCAUUAACUUUGCAAAUGAAAACCUGCAGCAGUUCUUUGUGCGCCACGUCUUCAAACUAGAGCAGGAGGAGUACAACCUGGAGAACAUCAACUGGCAGCACAUCGAGUUCACUGAUAACCAGGAUGCCUUGGACAUGAUUGCCAUCAAGCCCAUGAACAUCAUCUCCCUCAUUGACGAGGAGAGCAAGUUCCCCAAGGGUACAGAUGCCACCAUGUUACACAAGCUGAACUCCCAGCACAAGCUUAACACCAACUACAUUCCUCCGAAGAAUAACUAUGAAACCCAGUUUGGCAUUAACCACUUUGCUGGAAUUGUUUACUAUGAAACAAAAGGUUUCUUGGAGAAAAACAGGGACACGCUGCAUGGAGACAUCAUUCAGCUGGUGCACUCCUCAAAAAACAAAUUCAUCAAGCAGAUCUUCCAAGCAGAUGUGGCGAUGUUUCUCUGUGGCUAUGCAUCCAGCACAUUUGGCCAGUCGCCCACACCCACACCAAAGGGAGCGGAGACGAGGAAGCGCUCGCCGACGCUCAGCAGCCAGUUCAAGCGGUCCCUGGAGCUGUUGAUGAGGACUCUCAGCGUGUGCCAGCCCUUUUUUGUCCGCUGCAUCAAGCCCAAUGAGUACAAGAAGCCCAUGCUGUUUGACCGGGAGCUGUGCGUCCGUCAGCUGAGGUACUCAGGGAUGAUGGAGACCAUCCGGAUCCGCCGAGCUGGCUACCCCAUCCGCUACACGUUUGUGGAGUUCGUGGACCGGUACCGGGUGCUCAUGCCCGGGGUGAAGCCAGCAUACAAGCAGGGCGACCUGCGUGGGACGUGCCAGCGCAUUGCCGAAGCGGUGCUUGGGAAGGAUGAUGACUGGCAGAUUGGCAAGACAAAGAUAUUCCUGAAAGACCACCACGACAUGCUGCUGGAGAUUGAGAGAGACAAGGCCAUCACGGACAGAGUCAUCCUCAUCCAGAAGGUGGUCCGCGGGUUUAAAGACAGGUCCAAUUUCCUGAAAGUGAGAAAUUCAGUCCUGAUGAUUCAGAGGUACUGGCGUGGACAUAACUGCAGGAAGAACUACGGUGCUAUGCGGAUCGGCUUCCUGAGACUGCAGGCCCUCUACCGAUCCCGCAAGCUCCACAAGCAGUACCACAUGGCUCGCCGGCGGAUCAUCGAGUUUCAGGCACGAUGCCGGGGCUACCUGGUCCGUAGGGCUUUCCGCCACCGCCUCUGGGCUGUCCUCACCGUCCAAGCAUACGCCCGGGGCAUGAUCGCCCGAAGGCUGUAUAAGCGCCUCCGGGGGGAAUAUCAUCGACGCCUGGAAGCAGAAAAACUUCGGCUGGCAGAAGAGGAACGACUCCGAAAGGAGAUGAGUGCCAAGAAAGCCAAAGAGGAAGCAGAAAAGAAGCACCAAGUACGCCUGGCCCAGCUGGCACGGGAAGAUGCAGAGAGAGAAGUAAAGGAGAAGGAGGAAGCACGUCGGAAGAAAGAGCUUUUAGAAAAAAUGGAGAAAGCUCGCAACGAGCCAGUGAACGACUCAGAAAUGGUGGACAAAAUGUUUGGAUUCCUGGGGACGACCUCCUCCCUGCCUGGCCAGGAAGGACAGGCACCCAAUGGCUUUGAGGAUCUUGAGCGAGCCCAGAAGGAGCUGGAGGAAGAGGACCUGGAUGCAGCAUUGCCUCUCCCUGAGGAAGAGGAGGAAGAUCUCUCAGAGUACAAAUUUGCCAAGUUUGCCGCCACGUAUUUCCAGGGCACAACGACACACACCUACAUCCGCUGGCCUCUCAAGCAGCCUCUCUUGUACCAUGAAGAUGAAGGAGACCAGUUGGCAGCACUUGCUGUAUGGAUCACUGUCCUCCGUUUCAUGGGAGACCUCCCUGAGCCGAAAUAUCAUACAGCCAUGAGUGAUGGUGGCGAGAAGAUACCAGUGAUGACAAAAAUCUAUGAGACUCUUGGGAAGAAGACCUAUAAGAAAGAACUGCAGGCUCUGCAGGGAGAAGGAGAGAGUACUCACAUUGAUGGGCACAAGAAGAACAGUGUGCGGCACAAACUGGUCUCCUUAACACUCAAGAAGAAAUCCAAACUGACGGAGGAGGUGACAAAGAGACUUCACGAUGGUGAGUCCACGCUCCAGGGUAAUAGCAUGCUCGAAGACCGACCCACCUCCAACCUGGAAAAGCUCCAUUUCAUUAUUGGUAAUGGCAUCCUCAGGCCAGCCUUAAGGGAUGAAAUCUAUUGUCAAAUCUGCAAGCAGCUGACCCAGAACCCAUCCAAAAGCAGCCACGCCAGGGGUUGGAUCCUGAUGUCCCUCUGCGUGGGAUGUUUUGCUCCUUCUGAGAAGUUCGUGAAGUAUUUAAGGAACUUUAUCAACGGAGGCCCCCCGGGUUAUGCUCCCUAUUGCGAAGAGAGGCUGAGGCGGACGUUUGCCAACGGGACAAGGACGCAGCCACCCAGCUGGCUGGAGCUGCAGGCAACCAAGUCCAAGAAACCGAUCAUGCUGCCUGUCACAUUUAUGGAUGGGACAACAAAAACGCUGUUGACCGAUUCUGCAACAACUGCUAAAGAGCUCUGUAAUUCUUUGGCCGACAAAAUCAGCCUGAAGGACCGAUUUGGCUUUUCGCUUUACAUUGCACUUUUUGACAAGGUCUCCUCACUGGGGAGCGGCAAUGACCAUGUGAUGGAUGCUGUGUCUCAGUGCGAGCAGUACGCCAAAGAGCAGGGAGCGCAGGAGCGCAACGCGCCGUGGCGGCUCUUCUUCAGGAAGGAGAUCUUCACUCCUUGGCACAACCCGAGUGAGGACAAUGUGGCCACCAAUCUCAUUUACCAACAGAUCGUGCGAGGGGUGAAGUUUGGGGAGUACCGGUGUGACAAGGAAGAAGAUCUGGCAGAACUGGCUUCCCAGCAGUACUGUGACUACGGGUCAGAGAUGGUACUGGAAAGGCUGCUAAAUCUAAUUCCAUCCUACAUCCCAGACAGAGAGAUCACAGCUUCGAAAACAGUGGAAAAAUGGGCUCAGCUCAUUAUAGCUGCACAUAAAAAGGGAAUUUAUACUCAGAAGAGGGCAGACCCCAAAAAAGUCAAGGAAGAGGUAGUGGAUUUUGCACGUUUCAAGUGGCCUUUGCUGUUUUCUCGGUUUUAUGAAGCCUUCAAAUUCUCAGGGCCAAGCCUGCCUAAAAAUGAUGUGAUUGUAGCUGUCAACUGGACAGGGGUGUACUUCGUGGAUGAACAGGAGCAGGUUCUCUUAGAGCUCUCCUUCCCAGAGAUCACGGCUGUGUCAAGCAGCAGAGGGGGAAAGCUGCAAGGGCAGAGUUUCACCUUGGCCACCAUUAAAGGCGAUGAAUACACUUUCACCUCCAACAAUGCAGAGGAUAUCCGGGACCUGGUGGUGACCUUCCUUGAAGGACUAAGGAAAAGAUCCAAGUAUGUGGUCACUCUCCAAGACAACCCAAACCCUGUGGGAGAAGAAUCUGGGUUCCUCAGCUUCCUCAAAGGAGACCUCAUAGUUCUGGACCAGGACACAGGAGAACAUGUGAUGAACUCAGGGUGGGCUAAUGGGUUCAAUGAACGGACCAAGCAGAGAGGGGAUUUCCCAACCGAUUCCGUCUACGUCUUGCCUACAGUCACCAUGCCUCCGCUGGAGAUCGUGGCACUGGUCACGAUGACCCCUGACCAACGACAAGAUGUUAUCAGAACCUCUCAGCUGGCAAUUUCAGACAGUGAAGAGAGAGUAAAGCCAUACACCCUGGAGGAAUUUUCCUAUGAUUAUUUUAGGCCACCUCCCAAGCACACCCUGAGCCGAGUCAUGAUCACCAAGAGCCGUGGGAAGGACAAGCUGUGGUGUUACACCCGUGAGCCCAUCAAACAGCCGCUGCUGAAGAAGAUCCUGGGCAGCGAGGAACUGUCCCAAGAAGCUUGCAUGGCUUUCAUUGCAGUGCUGAAGUAUAUGGGUGACUACCCAUCCAAAAGGACCCGCUCAGUUAAUGAGCUGACAGACCAAAUAUUUGAAGGUGCCUUGAAAGCCGAACCCCUGAAGGAUGAAAUCUACUGUCAGACCCUCAAGCAGCUCACGGACAACCACAUCAAGUACAGUGAAGAGAAAGGCUGGGAGCUGUUGUGGUUGUGUACAGGCCUUUUCCCUCCAAGUAACAUCCUCCUGCCCCAUGUCCAGAGGUUCCUGCAGUCCCGGAAACAUCACCCCUUGGCGGCAGACUGCAUCCAGAGACUCCAGAAAGCCCUGAGGAAUGGAUCCAGGAAGUACCCGCCCCAUCUGGUAGAAGUGGAAGCCAUUCAACACAAAACCACCCAAAUUUUCCACAAGGUUUACUUCCCUGAUGACACUGAUGAGGCAUUUGAGGUGGAGUCCAGCACGAAAGCCAAGGACUUCUGCCAGAACAUCUCCAACAGGCUGCUCCUAAAGUCCUCUGAGGGCUUCAGCCUCUUCGUCAAAAUCUCCGACAAGGUCAUCAGUGUGCCCGAGGGAGAUUUCUUCUUUGACUUCGUGAGACACCUGACGGACUGGAUAAAGAAAGCAAGACCAGCAAAAGAUGGUAUAGUGCCUUCCCUCACCUACCAAGUGUUCUUCAUGAAAAAGCUGUGGACUAACACAACGCCUGGAAAGGACUCAAUGGCAGACUCAAUCUUCCACUACUACCAGGAGUUACCAAAGUACCUGCGCGGCUACCACAAGUGCACACGGGAAGAGGUCCUGCAGCUGGCGGCUCUCAUCUACCGGGUGAAGUUUGAGGACGACAAGUCCUAUUUCCCCAGCAUCCCCAAGCUCCUGAAGGAGCUGGUGCCUCAGGACCUCAUCCGGCAGCUCUCUCCAGAUGACUGGAAAAGGUCCAUCGUGGCAUACUACAAUAAACAUGCGGGCAAAACAAGAGAAGAAGCCAAGCUUGCCUUCCUAAAGAUUAUCUUCAAGUGGCCUACAUUUGGAUCAGCAUUCUUUGAAGUGAAGCAAACUACAGAGCCAAAUUAUCCAGAAAUCCUUCUAAUUGCCAUCAAUAAGCAUGGAGUCAGCCUCAUCGAUCCCAAAACCAAGGAUAUUCUCAUCACUCACCCCUUCACCAAGAUCUCCAACUGGAGCAGCGGCAACACGUACUUCCAUAUAACCAUUGGCAACCUGGUGAGAGGAAGCAAGCUGCUCUGCGAGACCUCCCUGGGGUACAAGAUGGAUGAUCUUUUGACCUCGUACAUCAGCCAGAUGCUAACAGCCAUGAGCAAACAGAGGAGUGCAAAGGGUAGCAAGUGAACUGCAAGAAGCCACUGGCAGGUGGCCAUGGGGCUAAUUCACCAGCUGAGGCCUGUGGGAUACCCAUGCAGCUGGCGGAGGACCUUUGCCUCCCAGAUGUGGAAGAUGAGCCGAACACCAUCAGGGAGUUCGCUGGACUCUGACCUUGAGGGCUCAAAUCCCACCUCC